UAUAAAGUGAGAAAAUAUCAAUUACUGUUCCAGUAUCGUGCGACCUUCAUAAGCACGUCUCGCUGCAGCUAACAUUAAGAGCACUGCUACCUCCGCAACUGCAGCCGACAGCACCAUUGGCGUGUGUCCGACCUUGAUUCCUCUCCUUUUAAUUUCCGGGACGUCCAAGUGAUCGUAACCAGCCGACAUUGUCGAUACAACUUUUAAAUUCGGACCUGAAGAAUUAACAUCUUCAUUUCUAGCUCGAUCAUACAACGGAAUUUUUCAUGCUGUGUUUUAAUUGCAUAAUCUUUGCAAAAUGAAGUGGAUAUCAAAUUUAGAUAGAAAAUUUGUAGUACCUAUUUUACUUGGCAUAUCUUUGACAACUCUUGGUUGUGUAUCUCUGGCAAUCUUAUAUUCUGCAUUUGAAAAGGAUGAUGAGACAAGAGAUGAUAAUGAUGAUACGAGAUCUCGUCAGAUAGUAACAUCCAGAUGCACUACCACAUUACAAUACAAAGUGCCUAAGCAAUAUGCAGCUGCUGUAAUAGGUAGAGGUGGUUCAGUGAUCAAAGAUAUACAAGAUAAAACUGGCACACAUAUUCAUAUGAAUAAAGAUGAUAUAGAUUCUCCAUAUCGUCUCUGUAUCAUACAAGGAAAAGAAAUGGAAGACAUUCGUUUAGCAGAGUCGAUGAUCAAAAACAUAAUAGAAAAUCAGCCUAUUAUUGAGACCUAUGAAUUGUUAGUGCCAUACGAAGCUUGUGGAAUAAUCUUAAGAAAAAGUGCAAAUACUGUGCAAGAAAUACAAAGAUCUUCCGGUGCAAAACUCAUACUAGAGACUGGUGCUCAUAAAUCCGAAGCUGGCUGGAAAAAGAGAAUAGUAAUAAAAGGAACUGCCGAGCAAAUAGCAUUAGCUGUUACUCAAAUAGAAGAUAAAAUUCGAGAGGAAAACGAAGCUCAAGCUCAGCUGAAGUGUGAGCAAACGGCAAUUGCAAGAGCGCCUAGACUAUCUCCUAGUAAAAACACUGUUAAAGACACAAUGGACGAUCAACUUAUUGAAUCUUAUGAGUUAUCUGUACCCCACAAAGCUUGCGGAAGAAUUAUAGGAAAAAAUGGAAAUACUAUACAGCAGAUACAAAAAGUCUCUGGUGCAGAAAUUGUAGUGGAGAAAAAUGUUUUGUCUCGAGACGAUGAAAGAAGGGUAUUGAUAAGAGGAACUGCUAAGCAAAUAGAACUAGCUGUUACUCAGAUAAAUAAUAAAGUUCGAGAGGAAAACGAAACUCGAAUUGACUUGAAUGAUAAACUCGCAACCGUUGCGAAAGAAACGUCAUUAUUCGAAUUAUCCUUUAAUGAUAAUGUUAAUGUAAAUCUUUCAGAUAUUUCGGAGAUUUCUUUAUCAGACGACGAUGUAACGACAAUGGAAGUGUAUGUAUCUGCGGUGGAAACACCGAACGUAUUCUGGAUUCAUGUGGUUGGUCCCGGGAAUACUGCUUUAGAUGACUUAGUGUCCAAAAUGACAGAAUAUUACAAUAAAGAGGAAAAUCGUGAAUUUCAUAUUUUAAAAAAGGUAACAGUAGGUCAAAUGGUAGCAGCCAAAUUCAGUUGUGACAAUAAGUGGUAUCGCGCGGAAGUGAUAGACAUCAUAAAAGACUCUUAUGAGAUUUAUUUUGUGGAUUAUGGAGAUUUGGAAGUCCUUUCAAUAGACAACGUAUUGGAGCUGCGUACGGAUAUGUUGAGUUUACGAUAUCAAGCUGUGGAAUGUUCAUUGGCGAAUGUGAAGCCACGAGAAAGCGUGUGGAGCUCCGAAGCUUGCGACACGUUCGCCGAACUCGUUCACGUAGCGCAAUGGAAAAGCCUCACCGCUAAAGUUAAAGGCUAUAAAGAACGUCCACUCAGCUAUGGGAAAUCUCAUGAAGGUUUCAAGGAAUCAAUUCCUUGCAUCGAGCUUUAUGACAAGAAUAAAGAUGGGAUCAUUAAUAUUAGGAAUACCCUGAUAGAGUUGAACAUAGCUCAAUUCGAAGAAGAGGCCUCUUUGACCAUGAAUUCCACGUUAUUACCAGAUAAGCACGAUCUUCAAAUGUCUUCCGCUUUGUCUUCAUCGUCGACUGAACACUUUUCGAAUGACUGUCGCGGUGAAGCUGAUUUCACUGCUUCAAACAGUAAAAACUAUAAUUAAUCAAAUCAUCAAAUUUUUAAAUAGGCGGUAACAACACUAAUUA